UGAAAAAGAUUAUCGAUGGGUAAAGGAAGAGCACCUUGUUGUGAUAAAAGUAAGGUGAAGAAAGGGCCAUGGACUCCUGCUGAAGAUUUGAAGCUUAUUUCAUUCAUUCAAAAAAAUGGCCAUGGCAACUGGCGAUCCCUCCCCAAACAAGCUGGGUUACUGAGGUGUGGAAAGAGUUGCCGGUUGAGGUGGAUUAACUACUUGAGACCUGACGUAAAACGAGGGAAUUUCACUCCAGAAGAAGAAGACACCAUAAUUAAACUACAUGACUCUUUGGGGAACAGGUGGUCAAAGAUUGCAUCUUAUUUGCCUGGAAGAACUGAUAACGAGAUUAAAAAUGUAUGGAAUACUCAUUUAAAGAAAAGAGUAGGGAUAUUGAAGAAAGAAAUCAUGAUCACUACUACUACUCAAGAAGCAUUUGAAACCAACAAUAAGGGCCAAUACAUAGAUGUUGCUACUAGUUUAACUGAGGAAGCCACAGCAUCUGCAGCAGGUUCUUGCUCUCCAACUUCUUCCUAUGGCUCAUUAAACCUCUGCAACUUGAGUACUGAACACGUUCGCGCAGCAGAGGCUCGCGACAACCAAGAUCAGGUGAUUAAUGAAAUACCAUCAGAUUCAGCAGGGGCAGAUAUUGAUUUUUGGGACAUGUUGGAUACUGAUUUGAGUCCUGAUUUAGACUACUCCAAAGUACUGGACAUCAAUCUGCACUCUGAUCAGUCUCAGCUGCAGGCGCCUCAUUAUACACAUGAAAGCUCGUCAGAUAAAUAUGAUGAAUGCCAAAAGUGGUUGAGAUACUUGGAAAUUGAACUCGGACUAACUCAAACUAGUACUACUACUACUACUACGUAUACUGGAGCUAAUUAUUAUGAAUGUUGCGACGGUUUUACCUCACAAGACCAAAAUAACACCAUGCAAGUAUAGUCUUUACAGCUAGGCCUUUUUCACCUCCAUUUAUACAUCAAUAGUAUCUAUUACUCCUACUAUACUAAUUAGCUAGCCCAAGUAAUAAAAAGACUGUAUAGUAGUAGUAAUAUUUUGCAUCUAGAACUAAAACUCGCUUGUCUUCUUACCUAGAAAUAAAGGGACACUAGUUACUGGCAGCUCAGUUCAGUCAUCUUGUUGUUAUUUAAAGGGGAUAAUGCAUAAAAUCCUCCUGAACUAUACCCGAAAUUGCUACGACACACCUUACCUUUGAUGUCGUAGCAACUUCGAAUAUAGUUCAGGGAGGAUUUUAACAUAUAGUGGUACAUAUGGUGCAUGAGCGACACGAUCGAGUAGUUCAAUUAGGCUCAUCACACCACUCAUGGUCUUCUAAGUGUAAUACUUUGAGAUUUAAGCGCUUAGACUUGAGAGUUGAUUUCUCUACCUCUUGUAUUAUAUUUAACUUGUGAUAAUCUAUGAAGCAUAUAUAUGCAAAAACUAGCAGUAAUAUAUUGACUAGUGUGAAUGUUCCCUUAACUGCCCAAAAUAGUUUUGCGUGCAUUCCCUAAAGUUUAUACAACAAUGGGAAUUGGAAAUAAAAAAUCUAUUUCCAAAAAAAAAAUUGAAAAUAAUAUAUCACCAACUCUACGGUUGGGUCUUUGGGACUUCACUGCAUUCCCUAAAAUGAGAAUUGAGAUCGGCAUUACUGCCAAAAAUGAGGACAAGUAUUUAUACAGCUGCUGUUUGAUGUAUAGGUAGUACUCCUACGAGGCUACGACAGAGGCAGCACUAUCUACUACGAUAAUGCAUGAAAAGAGCAUUCUGAUAUACCUUUACAACUUACUAGGCAUGUAACCUCAGAAACAUGAUACCAAGUCUCAUUACGGUAACACAUAAUACCUGU